UGGUGCGUGAACAACAAAAGCACCUCGCAAGGCAAGAACGCAUUGUAACGCAUUUCCAGGAAGAAAUGGCGUGCAGACCCCGCAUGGAAACAUAGCGUCGUAGCGGAGCUGACGUCUCUUUUGUUGCAGGAAUGGGAGGAUUCAGGUGCACACGGAAAACGUGGAGUUUUCCCAACUCGACGUAACGUUCACUUGUCUGCUCAGCAGCUAUGUUGAGCGCCGCCGCUAAGAUGUCUCUGGAGGCGAGUGAUGUUCAGACAGAUGAAGACUUCGAGGAGCUGGGUGAGGACAACUUCUCUUUCUCUGCUGAUAUUUUGGAAAAGAUAACAAGAAAGAAGAGAUCCUCCAGAAAGCCUCCUCAGUCUCCACGGUCUCCAUACCUCUCCAGCAUGAACAUGAACCCCAGGAGAGCAGCAGUGGCAGCCUGGAGACUGCCGAGGGCCUCCCUCGGGGACACCAGAGGGGACACUCUUGGGGAGAGUGGCUCAGCUCGCAUCACAUCCCUCAGCAACGGCCAUGAUUUGUCCCAGACGCUGAGGUCGGAGUGUGACGUCACGCCAGAGCUCCUCAAACAGACCUUGAGCACGAGGAAACACAAGCAUCCCCACUCUGGAUCCAAUGGCUUCACCGUCAGCACAGGUGACUUCAGAGACAAGGAGGACAUGUACGAUGAGAUUAUUCGACUCAAGAAGAGUCUCCAGGCACAGAAGUCUGACAACCAGCAGAUGAAAGCCAAGCUACGCCGCCUGGAGGAAGAUAACGCUAAACGAGAGAAACAGAUAGAAGAGCUGUUGGAUCCCACUAAAGGAUCUGAAUAUACUCGUAGUUUGGUGGAUAAGAAGAAAACAGGCAGCGUGGUUCUCAAUGGGCUGAAACAGAGAAUCCUGAAGCUGGAGCAGCAGUGUAGAGAGAAAGAAAAUGCACUGAGUAAACUACAAAGCGAGCUGAGGACCACCAACCUGGAGGAGCUGAAGAUCACAGUAGAAACAUACUUUGACGAGAUCCAGAGGAUGAGGAUGCUUCUAGAAGCUGCAGAGAAAAGCAGUCGAGCGGAGAGCAAAUGCUCCCAGAGGCAGCAGAAAGUUUUAAGCUCCACGGUUCACCGUCUGUCUGAGAACCUGAAGCAGCUCCAGCAGGAGAACACGGCGCUCAGAGAGGAGCUCAACACCGACAGUCCUGCAGGAGGAAUCAAAGGUUACAGAGAGUGGAGUAAACAGAGACUGUUGAGGAGGCUGUUGGAGGUGGAGAAGAGGCUGGAGGACAGCAGAGGACACGCCCAGUCAGCCAAACGCAGCGGCCGAUUGGAUCGGGGCGUCCAGGCAACGUCCACGGAGAUUCUAGGGUUUGCCAUGGCAACAGAGGCAGUGGUCUCCGUGGGAACGAUCACCGAGGAAGGGGAGGAGGUGUCUGGUCUGAGAGAACGCCUCGGCCAAUUGGAGAAGGAGAGGGCGGAGCUUCAAGAGAGGCUGUCAAGUACAGAUGAUGAACUGAGACAGCGGAGGACAGAAAGAGAAGAGUCGGAGACGGAGACAGAACGAUGGAAAGCUGAGCAGACAAAAGAACGGGACAAAGAGAGACAGCAGCAUAAAGAGGAGUUGGAUCAGUUGUUGGCAAGGAUCCAAACUGUGGAAGACAGAAGUAAACAUGCACAAGCUGAGCUCUCCUCUCUCUCUGCCACAUCGCCAGAGGACCACGAGGACACUAAGGCCGGAGCCGGUCUGGAGGAGGGAGACGAGAGGGGCGCUGGAGGGAGAGAGGAGGAGAAGGAGGGGGGAGGAGAUGAAGAGUUGAAAGAAAGAGAGAAGUCAGCGCUGGUUAUCCAGACGAACUGGAGGCAGCACAGAAACAGAGACAUUGUGAUGUUGCAGUCGGCACUGAGAGGUCAUCUCCUCAGACAGUCACAGCUGAAGGACCUGCUGAAAGAAGCACAGAAUAAGUCUGCAGAGGCAACAAACCGUGGAGAGUUGGACAUGGUUGCCUUGACGAUGGUACAGUCUGCGUUCAGGGGACACCUGGCUCGCUGUAGCCGCGCAAUAGAAAGCUCGGGGUCCUCUGUGCGUUCUCCAACGGGGAACAACGUGCCCACGCCGGUACCACGAAGAGCUCGCUCAACACACACACCCAGCACAACAGACGGUGGAAAGCAGGGAGAGGAAGAAGACCACUGGCUCGUCUCUAGCACUCAGCCCUCCAGGAUGACACCAGCAACAGACCAAACGAAGCUUCAUUACCGAGCUGAGUCUGGUGGAGCCGCUGAGGUCGAUUCUGACGACUCUGACGACAUCAUCGUAUCGCCGUCACGUCCUCUGAGAAGCAGAGAAGUCUUAAUGUUAUAGACCUUCUGGGUUGUGUGUGUGUGUGUGUGUGUGUGUGUUUUCUGUGUACAUAUGUGUGUGUGUGAGGAAGAGAGAGAGAGAGAGUUUGUGUGUGUGCAGGAAGAAUUUCUGUCUGUGUCAAUGCUCAGAGCCUGUAUGUCAGAGACUUGCACAGUCAUCCAGCACCAAAUCCUCACGGUUCAGUUUCUUACCAGACCUGCAAACGAUAGCUGGGAUAUUCCAAUAUUAGUCAGGAUAUUAUUUAUCAUGCAACACAUUUUCUCUCUAUAGUUAUAACCGGAAUAUUCUGGGAUGUUGGAUGCAGGUUUACGACAUAACGUUUCAGAGGCACAUAAACACCUCACUUUGAUCACGAUCUUAUUCAGGACUUGGAUGCACCCCGGUGCUGACCUGAGGCAAUAGGAUAUUCUCUUCUAGUGCAGGAGAAAGCACUUGCAUAAUCAUGAAAUGGAUAUCACAUUUAUUUUAAUAUCUUGUGGUUUAUCAUUUGUGCCAAAGUGCCUACUGCAUGGUUGUUAAAAUCAAAAUAAUGGUAAUAAAUGCUUUAAUUUCUCUUAACCUGACCUGUCAACAUAACUUUGAAUUUAUCCGUAGUUCACACGCUUAAAAAAAGAAUAAUUAACGAAUCAUAUUUUCACGUGCGCUUAAUAAAUGAUGGCUGAUUCUGAGGUAUGAUGGAGGGCUGAUUCUCUGAACUGAUGCACUAUCGAGUCAAACUGUGAAUAAAUUAUAGAUCAGUCUGCUGCAAUACUCAACACACAGUCAGUACAGUGGAGGAUACACAGGGAGUUUGUAUAAUGCCAAUGUUUGUGCUCUAUAAUAAACAAAUGAUCAAUGCAGUUUCCCCAACAUGAUGUGUGUCACUUAA